CUUGACAUUGCUAUAUGAAAAUCUCAAGUUUUAUUUUUGUUUUAUGCCGAUUGCUGAUGCAGACUUAUGAGAUUUCGGUAGACCUUAGUCUUCCUUUUUCUAUGUUCUAGUAGGAAAUCGCUCAAUGUGAUAGUAAAUAGUAAUAUAUAUGUUAUGAAUAGCUCAGCUGCCAAAGUUGGUGAAAUUUUCACAGAAGCAGGUGCUGCUUUUAAUAAACUGGCUGAAAUGACAAUGACACUACAUCCUUUAGCUGAACAAUCUAUAAAUGCACAUGCCAAAACUCCUACUAAACGUAAAACAACAGAUGAACGCAUCUCAACACUUUCUGGACCUAUAAAUCAGAACCCUGGACAUACGAAACAGUCUGUGGGCAUGCAUCAUGUCACACUGAAUAUGCUCAAUGCACAAGAAAAUGAAAUGGAUGUGGAUGACAUGGGUCGUGAUGUGAAAUUGGAGUUUGAAUCAAGCACUGAAGAAGUUGUUACAUAAAUAUAAUUGUUGUGUUUGA